AUUGACGAGUUACAAGCAGAAAACACUCGCCUCCAGCAAACUCUAUUAGACGAGAGAAUUGCCCAUGAUACAGCUUCAGAAGCUUGGCAUGUGGAGAGGGAUGAGCUAUUGUCGAAACUCGUCGACGCUCAAGUGGGUAAUGUGUCUAAUGGCACACCCAAGCAUGAUAGUAACAGUCAAUUGAAAAUACUUCAAGAGGAAUUAGAGGCACAAUGGGAACGCACUGAAAAGGCUGAAGAAACUAUCAAGUCUCUCCACCAGGAAAACAAUACCCUCAAAGGAACCCUUCGCUCCCUCCAAGAAAAACUCGGAGACGAUGACGUAAACAACUUCCUGGAGCUCGAGCAGGCCCAUCAAGAAUUGGUAAACCAACUCAACGAUAUUCUAGCCAGUCAACAGGCCUUAGAGGAGGAACGAGAUCAGAUUUCCACUGAACUCCGGGUAUCACGACAACACGUCGAGGAUUUGAUGCAAUCACAUUCGGACCUUCAACGGAAAUUAGAACAGACAGAACAAGAACACGGAUUUGCAACAGAAAAUAUAGAACGCCUACGGCAGACUCUGAUGACCCGGGACCAAGAAGCGGACAGGUUCGAGGCUGAUCGACAGCAAGAUUUAGCGCAAGCAGAAGCCUUACGCACCAAGCUCUCAUCAGCCGAAAAGGAAUAUUCCCGGCAGAUAUCUGAUUGCAAAAGGCACAUCGAAGAACUCGAGACACAACUGCGUAUCAAUGCCGAGCAGUCCACUAAUAUCCUACACGAGACAGCAGAACAGACGGUAUACAUGGCCACCUUGGAGGAAAAGGCUAAAUCUCGAUUUGAAGAAAACGAACGCCUUCGUCGAAGGGUGCAUGAUUUGGAACAAGAGAGCGCAGCAAAAGAAGUCAAGCUAGUAGAGACCCAGAAGGAGAGCGAUAGGAUCAAGGAAGAUAACAUCAACCUAAAUAUUGCGUUGGAUGCCAAGCAACAAGAACUUGAGUUGAUGAAGAGAAGAGAAGGAACCCGAGGUACCGCAGGAACGACCCCUGCACCUUCACGAGACAAGAAGCAACCCCGCGAGUCAUCCAUCUUUGGAGUCACACCACGUCCCUUGUCGAACUAUAACAAGAAUUUUGCGGAGACCCCUGCCACCGUGACCAAGCAAAUGCACACAAACUCUAUACUAAGCUCGUCUGCAGUGAAGAUUCCACGGGACCUCAAAUUCGGUCCCCCGAGUAUGGUAGCAGGUCCUCGCCCCUCAAUUACGAGUCCUUCACCUAUCAUGUUUCCGGGACCAGUCUCUGCCAGCUCGAUACGGGUUAAUGCAGGUUCAAGACGAAGCCAGACCACGUUAGCUACGUCCACACGUGGAUUACCGCGGAUGGGAGAUCAUUCGGAUCAUACCGAUAAUGACGAUGAUGAAAAGGAAAAUUGGCUACCCUCACGAUCCAACAGACGAUCAAAUGCAAUGGUACCUUCAUAA